AUGGCAUCACCCAACGUCACAUUCCUCGCCAUCUUCGUCGCCCUCGCACUAUCAGUGCUUCACACUGACGCAGUAGCGGCAGCAGCAGAAACCUUGCGCCAUAGAAGCAAGACAUGGUGCGUCGCCAAGCCGUCGGUGGAUGAGGCGGCGCUGCGGGGCAACCUGGAGUUCGCCUGCUCCGAGAGCGACUGCGGCGCCAUCCAGGGCACCGGCGGCUGCGCCCGGCCGGACGGCCUCCUGUCGCGGGCGUCCGUGGCCAUGAACGCCUACUACCAGGCCCGGGGCAGGAACUCGUGGAACUGCUUCUUCAACGGCACCGGCCUCAUCACCAUCACUGACCCCAGUCUUGGCACCUGCAAAUAUGCUUGA